AUGGGACAGAGAAAGAAUCGUGAAUCGAAACCAUCGAUAACUAGUGUAACAUCAAUGUCCUAUCUAGCACAACAGAAUCUCACAUUUCAUCGGUUUUCAGACGGAACAAUAUCAAACGAUGGAAAGAAGAAUCCUCUCAAUAAUCCUGAAUUAUUGCCUGAUACUCAAACACAAUCAAUAUGGACAACAAAUGCUUCACUAGACUAUAAUGCAACAAAUAUUCCACAAAUGAAUGAGAGUGCCACAUCAACAACGAAAAUACUUCCAUCAACAAUUGAUGAGUCAAUUGACAAGAAUGAUGGAGUCAAGCGAUAUUCUGCGUAUUCUAUUGGCAAUAAUUCAACAUAUAGCAGUACUGUAGGUAACAAUACAACACAUAAUGGGUCAACAAUGAAACUUAUUCAAGUUAAAAAAGAUGAAUCUGACAGUUCGAGUAAACAGUCACGAUGCUCAAUCUUUCGAGGAACAAUCUUGUGCCUGUGUAUGAAUCUGACCUACGCUAAUAUUGUACGAUUUCCACGCGAAUUGGAGCGACACGGUGUUGCAUUUUUAGUGCCAUAUUUAAUCAUAAUGUUCAUCAUCGGUGUGCCAAUCGUUUUACUUGAGAUGGCUUUAGGUCAAUUUCUUGGACAAGGAGCUUCUCACAGCUGGAAAUCGUCGCCAUUUUUAAAAGGAGCUUCAAUUAUUGGACGAAUAGGUGCUUGGAUCGGAUGUAUUUGGAUAUCAAUGCACAUGUCACUUUCACUACUUUACAUUGGUCAAAUUGCAUUCUCAGGUGUGCCAUUCCGUCAGUGUCCCUCAACAGUUGAAUUGUCAGGUACACAUUAUGCAGAGCGAGGAAUUUUUGGACAAUUAUGUCUACAAAAAACAUUUCUUCGAUCAAUUCGAGAAUCUUCCUUGAAUUUUGGCCUCCUUGCUAUUGGACUAGUUUUCUUGUGGGUCAUUAUUAUGAUGUGCACACACAGUGGUCGAGUGAAUCGUCGAUCGAUAAUAAUGUUUGGAUUAGGUACAUUGGGACUUUUAUUAUUCCAACUUGGAUGGCAAAUAAAGAACACAAUUGAGGCAGAUAAAUUGGAUCCAGAAUUUUGGCCAAUUAAUUAUAGCAUUCUAGCACAAAGUUCAACAUGGUUUUAUGCUUUAAUUCAAGUCAUUCUAUCAACACAAAUUGGCAUCGGAGCAAUUCCAGUGAUGACAGGAAAAUUUCUGUAUAAAGGCGAUGCAAUUCGAAUGUGUACAGUCUACAUGUGCUUUAAUUUCCUUACUACAAUGCUUGCAACUGCUUAUUACUUGACACCGUAUAAACAAAACAAUAAAAUCGAAGAUAUUCCACCUUAUCCAGAUCUUACAGCAAUUACAUCAGUCUAUGAUCGUACAUUUAAUGAACCACACAGCACAUAUUUAAGAAAAGUCAUUCCUAGUCUUGCUUACUUGAUGAUCAUCUUUAGUGGAAUUAUUUCCAUUUCAAUUGCAAUAUACACAUCAUCGAGACUAUUGAAACGUCAUCCGAACUAUAUUAUGUGCCUUGCUGCAUUAUGUCUUGCAGUUGGAUUCCUUCUAUGUCCAAACUUUAUACCUAGCAGAUAUCUCGACAUGAGAUGGACUGGAUUAGUUAUUGUUUGUGCAUUAGUCUUUGAUAUUAUUUCAAUAACAUGGAUUUAUGGCAUAAAGGACUUAUCAAUAGACCUAGAAUUUUCAAUUGGACGUCCAAUAAUGAAAUUAUGGUUGAUUUUAUGGGCAACAAUUCCUAUACUUCUUAUUGCAAUCGUAACAUGCUUCAUUGUAUUUCCAACAAAAAUUCAAUUGAUAGAACCAAUUGUUGAUUUCAUUCCAAAAUGGGUUCCAAUUGUAAUUUGUCUAAGCAUCAUAUUACUUUUUGCAAUUUAUGAAGUCACAAAACAAGUUGAUUAUAAUACAUUCAGUAUGAUUCAUGAAGCAACAAAAGCAGCAAAAGAUUGGGGUCCUGCAGAUCCACUUGUAAGGCACGCAUGGAAACAAUGGAAAACUGUUUGUGAUGAUACUGGUCAGCGUGACUUUACAUUAAAAAGACGUGGCACAAAAGACUGGACAAGCUCAAUUAAAAAGGGACAAUAUUCACAUGCCAAACGAAAUGCUUCAAAUUGCAUUCCAAACCUCAAUAAUCACAGCAAAUAUGUUGUAAAUAAUAAUAAUAAGACGACACUUCAUACUUCGACAGCAUCAAUGUCAGGUGGAUCAAAUUCUCCAAAUUAUAGUGGAUCAGUCUUUGGCGAUUCAGCUAUUGAAGAGGAUAUAAGUUGUGGAGAAAAAUACUCAUCAAAUGAACGUGAUGGAAAUUCAAGGAAAUCAUCGCAAAGUAAUCGAGUUAAUAGAAAUCAGUCGGAUGCAAGCCAUCAUCGACAUUAUAAUCAUCAUCAAAGAACAAUAGUAAAUAAUGAUGAUGAUCCAAUGAUUGGAAAUUACCAAAAAGUUCCCAUAAGAAUUUCAGCAGUCAGUGACCAUCCACGAAUUAAAAGAAAUUCUUACUUUCAAGCUCAACCAAAUGACGAAAUAAUCAUGUCUGAUGAGAAUCAUUUUAAAUCAUGUAUUGAAAUUGUUCCAUCAGACUUUUCUGAUCUCGCAUUUCCACCACCACCUGCUCAAUUUCAAGCACAAUCUACGUUCAUGAAAAAUCCACUUUGUCAAUUGAGUCACCAUAAUGAAAUCUUUUAUGAACCUGAGGAUGACGUCGACGAAAGUGAUGAAAUCAAUACAUACGAACAACAGCAGCAGCAGCCACAACAACGACAAAAAAAUGGACACUUGAUUAACAAUAUUCACAUUAAUGGCAGCAAUACAUUUAGUGAUGGAAGCAUGAGUACCAAAACAACAAAAACAUUGUCAUCGACAGCAACAAAUAACAUUCCAAAUGACUCAUAUACCAAUAAUUGGAGAAAACUUUCGCGAAAUGGUGAUGAAUUCUCCACAGAAUUGUAA